UUUGAAAUAUGCUUACACAUGUGACAUAAUAAAUGGAUCAUGGAUCCACCAUUUAAAUAAGUACAACCAAUGACAAAAAAAAAUUAUACUAUUAGAAAGUAGCAAAAACACCAUAACACAAAGGCACACAAAAAAAAGAAAAUGGCUUAUACACAAAGAGAGCAAUUCAAACCUGCAGAACCAAAUUUCAUAUCAUUAACCACUCAUUUCAGCAGUCCAAGUGCAGAUAAUCAACAUCAACACUUAUCAGAACGCAAAGCAAAACGGAUUAAAAAGUGUGUUACAUGGUGUGGAUGUAUCACUGCAAUUCUUUUGUUAUUUAUUGUCAUACUCAUAGUUCUAGCUUUUACUGUCUACAAUGUAAAAGACCCUGAAGUUAAAAUGAAUGCUGUUACUCUUAUCGGUGGAAGUUUCCUCCGCGGUUCGGAUAGCGCUACAAUUUUAGCUGAUAUGUCAGUGAAGAAUACAAAUUCAUUCACUUUCAGGUAUGGAGCUGUUAAUACUUCUAUUUUCUAUAAUGAUAUUGAAAUUGGAGCGGGUAUAACGCCGCCAGGGAAAGCUAAGGCGCAAAGAACAGCGAGGUUCAACGUAACGUUGGUGAUUAAUCCAAAAAAAAUUGUGGAUAAUCCAGAUUGGAUUUUAGAUAUUAGAGAUCAAGGUUUGAAUUUUAGCACCUAUACAAAGAUGAGUGGAAAAGUGAAAAUAUUGAAUAUGUUUAAGAGGAAAGUUGGAGUUGAGUUGAAUUGUACUAGUCAAUACAAUAUCACUUCUAAGUCAAUCACUCGUGGUGAUAAUUGUGUUGGAUAUGUUAAUAUUUAGAUUUAGAUUUUCUUUUUUAAGGAUUCAAUUCUGGUAACUAGUAUUUGUGAGAUUUGUUUUUGUCCGAGAGCUUAGCAGAUAUGAGGUUGCGCGGCAACAUAUCAACGUUCUUGAGCGUCCAUAUAUCAUCUGAGCUGCACUUACGAAGACAAUAUUUGUAAAACUUUGUAUUAUAGUAUUUUUGUAGAUAUAUUGUACCAAAAGGAUCAUGUCUCUUUAGGUUGUUUUUCUCAAAUACUUAGUUAGAAAUGUUUCAUCUA